GGGCAACACUCAUCAUCACCAUUCACCACCUCCUCAGUUCACAGCUUACAUUGCUGCUCUCUGCAGAGAACCCCUGCUUGCUCCCUCAUACCCUAGCUAGCUAACCGAUCCAUCUGUUCUAAGAAGGAAGGAGAAAUGGCCGGGAGGGACAGGGAUCCGCUGGUUGUCGGCAGGGUUGUGGGGGACGUGCUGGACCCCUUCGUCCGAACCACCAACCUCAGGGUGACCUUCGGGAACAGGGCCGUGUCCAACGGCUGCGAGCUCAAGCCGUCCAUGGUCGCCCAGCAGCCGAGGGUGGAGGUGGGCGGCAAUGAGAUGAGGACCUUCUACACGCUCGUGAUGGUAGACCCAGAUGCUCCAAGUCCUAGCGACCCCAACCUUAGAGAGUAUCUCCACUGGUUGGUGACAGAUAUCCCGGGUACAACUGGGGCGUCGUUCGGGCAGGAGGUGAUGUGCUACGAGAGCCCUCGUCCAACCAUGGGGAUCCACCGCUUCGUGCUCGUGCUCUUCCAGCAGCUGGGGCGGCAGACGGUGUACGCCCCCGGGUGGCGCCAGAACUUCAACACCAGGGACUUUGCCGAGCUCUACAACCUCGGCCAGCCCGUUGCCGCCGUCUACUUCAACUGCCAGCGCGAGGCCGGCUCCGGCGGCAGGAGGAUGUACAAUUGACCUACUCACCGCUCACGCCACCUGGCCGCCAAGUCACCAAAUUAUCCAACGUGGCUACUUUACUAGUAGUAUAUAUGGUUUGUGAUAAGAAGCCAGCCACGAAUUAAGCAUUAAUUAAAUUAUAUCUAUAUUGGCAACACAUACACUGCAUAUAUCCUAUAUAUGCAUGUAUGCAUAGCAAGACUAAUUAUUAUAUUAAGGCCCCAUGAACCCUAGCUCAAUGCCUUGGUGUUGCUCUAUAUAUAUAGUCUGCAAUAAACUGAUGCCAAUAGUAUACAACACACAAUAUUGGAGGAGCUACACGCUAUAUGUGCAACUUAGAGGUACCUGGUACAUAUAUGCAGGUUUGUCUUGUGUGUUCAAUUAUGCGGUGCAUGAACAUCAGUCAAUCAUAUAGUUAUGCAUGGGAGACAAACAUGUACUCUAAUUGACAGUGACUGCUACAAGACACAGUGCUAUGCACACACUUAGCGCAGUAGCAAGGCACAUGCAUGUGUUGGGUCUUGUACAAUUUCCACAUGAUUAUGGCAAUAUAUAAUUAAAUGUGUCAAGUUAUGCA